GUGCGUUUAUGCAGACGACAAAGACGGAAGACGGCUGCGCUGUGACUGACGUUUCAAUAAUUUUUGAUUAUUUAUUUCCUGAGUGACCGACACUUAGUGAACUGAAUCAAAAUGUCGUCGAAUCGCAUAAGUGCGAAAAAAUACAAGUGGGGGUUGGAUUUUCCCGUCAGAAAAACCGGAAAUCAAGAUGUUCUCUCUCCACCUGGCUUCAACCCAUCGGUUAGUCAAUCUAGUGUUGAAACAUCGAAGGAGAAUGACCCAUCCCAUUUAAUCAUAAAGAAGGCAUGGGACCUUGCUCUAGCCCCAUUGAAACAGGUUCCAAUGAAUUUAUUCAUAAUGUACAUGGCGGGGAACUCCAUCUCUAUUUUUCCUAUAAUGAUGGUUGGCAUGUUGCUAGUCCGUCCAAUUAAAGCCCUCUUCACUCUACAGAGCACCUUUAAAAUGAUAGAAGGCCACCACGCAUUCAUGCAGAAAUUUGUGUACUUCCUUGGCAACAUUGUUGGUAUGCUCUUGGCCUUAUAUAAAUGUCAAUCAAUGGGAUUGUUACCUUCUCACUCAUCGGAUUGGUUGGCGUUCAUUGACCCUCCAGUAAGACUAGAAUAUUCGGGUGGUGGCAUGUCUCUCAUCUAAUGUAGUGGAAUAUAACAGCUUUACUCUAAUUAUAAGGGAAUUUUCAUUUUGUUUUCAUCUUGCAUACUGUUCCUUCAAUUGUCCUGUCAUCUAUUUUAUACAUUUCAAUUUUGUUGUCAAAUUAAUGUGAAACUUGUAAUUUAGAGGGUUAACUCUGAUUGGCAUGAACUGCUGGAAAGGCCUGUCAAACCUGUGUGCUGUUUCUUUUAAUGGAGUUGUCAGUCUCGUAAGCAUUCCAGACCAUAUCACCUGCUUUUGGUAAUUACAUUCUAGAUGGUGGGUAAAAUGUAAAUUUUUGAGUUGUUUAAAUGUUUGAUUGGCUAUGCAUACUCCUUAGUACAUAGCUACAUAGUGGAAGUUUAUAAGGUGGUGAAAAAAUUGACUGAAUCAAUCCAUUGUUCUGAAUAAAACCAAAAAUCUGACUGA